AUGAUACAUCAAGUUGCUACUAAUUCCUCUCCCAUCAGCCAUAGGGAAGAUGAGACCCUGGUUCUGGAAGACCCUUCUGAGGAAGACAUCACACUCGAGGUUGACCCCUCUGAUACUAUUGAAAAUGUAAAGAUGCAGGAUAAGGAAGAAACUCCUCCUGCUCAGCAGAGGCUGUUCAUUUCUGGUAAGCAGCUAGAAGAUGGCCAUACUUUAUCUGACUACAACAUUCAAAAGGAGGACACCCUUCAUCUUGUGCUGAGACUCCGUGGUGGUGCUAAGAAAAGGAAGAAGUCUUACACCACUCCCAAGAAGAAUAAGCAUAAGAGGGAGAAGGUUAAGUUGGCUGUCCUGAAAUACUAUAAGGUGGAUGAAAAUGGCGAAAGUAGUCAUCUUUGUGGAGGUUGUCCUUCUGAUGAGUGUGGUGCUAGAGUUUUCACAGCUAGCCACUUUGACAGAUUUUAUUGUGGCAAGUGUUGUCACUGUUUCAACAAACCAGAAGACAAGUAG